CCCACCCACACACAUACCAUGGGCAAUGUGAUCAAGUUGAAUGGCAACGUGUACAGCAUACGUGGCAAGCUGGGCACAGGUGGCUUCUCCGAAGUGUACCUGGUUGAAGGCAGGUUGUGUCCGAACGCGCAUCUUGCAUCUGACGGCACAGCCUACGACGAAGGCAAUGACACGGCGUACGCGCUCAAAGUCAUGCAAUGCGAUGACGACGAACAACUGCGUCGCGCGCUCAUGGAAGUGCAGCUGCAUCGGCGCUUAAAGCAUCCAAACGUGCUUCGGUUGAUCGAGUCGGAGAUUCGCAUGAAGAUGACACGGCAUCACACAGCCGUGCAGAACGCGCUCUCCAAGACCAAGGAAGUAUUGCUGCUGUUUCCAGUCUAUCCCAUGGGAUCUCUGCAGCACCUGCUCGACAAAGCUCGCCACAUGCCACUCUUCGACGAGUCGUCAUGCCUUCACAUUUUCCUUGGCAUUGCCCGAGGCGUCCGCGAAAUCCACGCGCUCGGCCUCGCCCACCGCGACAUCAAGCCCGGCAACGUCCUUCUUAGUGAUACAUACACUCCGGUCGUGAUGGACUUGGGGUCGUCCGCACCGCUGUAUGUGCCCAUCAACUCGCCUCGCGACGCCGCCCUCGUCGUGGAGGAAGCAGCGCAGUUUUCCAGCGCACCCUACCGAGCUCCAGAGCUGUGGGACGACUCAUUUCGAGGCACGGUGUGUGGCAAAUGCGAUGUGUGGUCGCUCGGGUGUACGCUGUACGCCCUUGCUUAUGGGCCACUAGGGCCUUUUGAGUCGCGUUCGCAUGGCGUGCAGCGCCUGGCCAUCUUGAACGGCACUGUCACGUUCCCAUCAAGUGCCACGUCAUCCGGGGUCUCGGUGGCGUACGUGGCACUCGUUCAACGCAUGCUCCAAGUCAACGUCGACGACCGACCGACACUCGACACUGUGAUUGCCAUUGCCGAAAAGGCAAUGACUUCAGUUGUUCCUACUUUGUUAAACUCGUGAUGUGUAGCUGCUGGAGACUCGUGCCGACGAUGUCGGCGUCACGGGCAAGGGAUUCCAACGCGUUCAAGACGGUGAAACCAAGAGCCACCAAACGGCAAAGCGGCUGGCUUAUCGAGGCCGAGAUGUUCUGAACCAUGCGUUGGCGAUGUGAUGAACAUAAUCGUUUCGAGUGGUUAGAAAUGUUGCUGGGCACUGUCUUGGGUGUGGAGUUUGAUGCGUGAUGAUAUGUCAAGUGAACUGCCCCAUUCCUGCGGCAAUAGUCUCCAACACCGUCAUUGAAAGUACUGUACAUGCACCGUGUUGUCCUGCCAAACCAUCUCCAUCAGCUCCACCACGUCGUCGACGAGUACAGUUGUUAUGUACGAAUAUGGCGAAUGAAU